AAAUGACCUAGCGGUAUAAUCUGUCCCACAUUAAAACCACAAGUUGAUCCCUGUGUUCUUCCAGUCCCCCCCAUUCUGGAAAGCAUGAAUAACAGGUAUUUUGACGCGAACACACCGAAGGUAGCGGCGGUCGUGGGGUUUUACAUGUCCGCCGCACUGGUGAUGGUUUUUGUGAACAAAGCUGUUCUUAAUGGUUCACCGGAUUUACCGCUGCUAUUCCUCCUCCUGCAGCUGCUCAUCGCAGUCUUGCUUCUCCACGUGGCGGCCAUGUUCAUCACACGUGUCGAGAUACCCAAGCUCGAGCUUGGAACCGCGAAGAAGCUCGCACCUGUAGUCCUUGUCAACAUUAUUGGACUCAUUUUCAACACACUUUGCCUGCGUGAUGUCGAGGCUUCUUUCUUCCAAAUUGCGCGUGGCCUUGUCCUACCUCUGACGAUCAUUGUAUUCUCUGUAAACACUCGCACUGUGCCUUCUAUUCGAGUUGGAAUUGCUGCUGGGUCAGUUACCAUAGGUUUCUUGCUCGGCGUGGCACCGUCUGCAGCAGUUCCCUCCCACGUUGCACCUUCAAGUCUUUCCCUGUUAUAUGGUCUCCUCUCGUCGCUUUUUAUCGCUUUCCAUGCUGUUCUUAUCAAGUCCUCCCUCCCUUAUUGCAACAACUCAACCAUUCAACUUGCAUACUGGACCAACUUGGGCUCUGCAAUUUUCCUUCUCCCUUUCGUCUUGCUUCACAAAGAAAUUCCUAUCCUUGAGGACCUUAUCCACGACUCGAAUUGGGACGGACAAGUAUUCCUAUGGGGGAGUGUCGUGACUGGCAUUUUCGGAUUCUUACUUUGUAUCGCUGGCCUGCUCAGCAUCAAGGUUACAAGUCCUAUCACACAUAUGUUCUCUAGCGCCUUAAGAUCUGUUAUUCAAACCCUGCUGGGUGUCUGGAUAUUCAAGGAUAUCAUGACGGUCAAUCGCGCAAGUUCUAUUCUGGUUAUCAUGAUAGGCACCGUUUAUUACACCUGGAUCAAAUCGUUGGAAACCGCACCUCCGCCGCGCAAGGAUGUUGACCUCGAGGCUAUAGGAAAUACGAAAUACGAAGAAGAUUCUGAUGAUGGCGAAGCUACGGUAGUUUUCGGAUUAUCGGAGGAGGAUGAGAAGGAGUAAGAAACCAUUGACACUCGUGUCCUUAUAAUAGGCACGGAAAUUUGUCUACGAUUCUUACAGACUCUUACUUACCGUCUGGCAUCAACGUACAUUUACGAACAAUCAUAUUACGGACUUGCAAGUCAUUAGCUACAUAUGUUGUGUUUAGCGUCCCUACAGAGGCCUACAGUCAGGUCGGUGACACCGUCAGGGACGACGAAGCUAAGUCGAUG